AAAAGAGGGGGCUGUGAUGCAGCAGGAGAGUGCUGUGGUCAGGUCCCGGGUGAGCUCGCCCUGCAGAGCUGUGGUGUGAGAGAUGUCUCCACCACAAGUUUUUUUUCCUUUUGGAAAAACAGAGGCGAACUCUUCAGCGUCAACCUUCAAACGGUGAUAAAAUAAAGUGAACAACUGUGUCAGUUUUGUCUUCAAGUGGACUUUAGUAGCAGUUCAGCUGUGCCUUCAAGGUCUGAGAUGGUAUUUCAGGAUCUGAGUGUGUCCUCGUGUGAUCCACGCUGUUAUCUUCAUAGUGGCUUGUUUGCACUUUGCUUCUCCAGAACUUCUGCAAUUUUUGCCAGAAUUUUUCCACAUUUUUUUUUUUUUAUUACCCGUGCACCCCUCUUCCUCAUCCUCUCCCCCAUCAGCACUGGAGAAGAUGAAGCACUAGAGUUUGCUAGACUCUGUUCCCAGCAGCAGCUUCAGCUUUAAGAUGGAUCGAGGCAAUUUGCAUUGGGUGGGAGGGGGUGCAGCAGCACAAGAAAAAGAAAUGUUACUGCUGAGGCCCUGCAAAUGAGGACUGUGGGGAGGGGAGGAGGGAGUACAUGUGUGCACAUGUGUGGAUAGUCAAAUAGCAAAGCAGCAGUCUUUCUCUGCGACUCGCAGGAACAUCUACUUUAGGGUGAGGACUGCGUCCAACUUUUACCCACCGAGGACGACUCCCCCCUCCACUCCCUCUGCGAAAGGACUGUCAGUCUGAAGAGGAAGAUCAGAGAGCCGGCAGAGGAAAUGUGCCUCAAGAUCCCACGCUACCUGCUCUGCAUAACUCCCCAUCCCAGCUUCAAACCCAAACGAGAAGUUUCUCCCUCUCCUGCACACACUUAGAUCCUGACAGCCCCCCCCUCCUCUUAUGAUCUGUGCAGUUAUAUCAGUGAGAGCAGAGCGCCGCUGCAUUCACUCCUCAGCAGCAGCAGCAGCAGCAGGACCAGAGGAGAGCGGUCAUCUCCACACAUCACAUCCCAGCUGACUGAAGCCUGCGGGACAGCUAUGGAGGACACCCUCACCUCCAGUCACGCCACCUUCUCUCAGGUGUUUGGACGCCAGGGACAGCUCAUGCAAGCCACUGUCCAGUCACUGAACAGCCUGAACGACCAGAUUGCUCAGUUCAUGGUGACCCGUCCGUGCAGCCCGGCGGAGGAGGAGGAGGAGGCCUUCCUGACGGGAGAGAGGCAUACCCUGAGGAAGUCGAUGACAUUGAUGAGACACCUGCUCGUGGAUGCUCAGGGGAAAAUCCUUAAAAUGAUGGAGGACAACAAACAGCUGGCCCAGAGGAUUGAUGGGGCCAUCCAGUCUGCCAGUCAGGAAGUGAUCAACCUCCGCUCUGAGCUCUCGGCCACCAGCCGCAGACUGGCAGAGCUGGGUGCCAGCAGCCCCCCUGCCCUGGAGAACCACCACCAUCUCAACCACCGCGAUGGCAGCCUCCACUACCGAGAUCCUUCAGUGCAUCACAGGCAGAAGGCGAGGAUGACAGACAUGUGCUACCCAACGGAGAUCUCCAGCCUGAUGGACUUUGGCACUGCAGACUGCACGCUAGGCAAAGUCUUGCUGCGGGAAGAGGUGGCCCAGCUUCAAGAGGAGGUCCACCUGUUGAGGCAAAUGAAGGACAUGUUGAGUAAAGACAUGGCAGAAACCCAAGGAGGCUGCUCCGCCAAUCUCCUCUCCGCCACAGAGCUCCGUGUUCAGCUGAGCGAGAAGGAGCAGGAGCUGGAGCGGGCCAAGGAGGUCUUACAAGCCAUGAAAGCCGACCGUAAGCGACUAAAAUCGGAGAAAGCUGACUUAGUGAGUCAGAUGCAGCAGCUGUACACAACACUGGAGAACAGAGAGGAGCAGUUGAGGGAAUUCAUCCGGAACUACGACCAACACAGAAAGGAGAGCGAGGAUGCAGUGAAAGCCUUGGCAAAGGAGAAGGACAUUCUGGAGAGGGAGAAAUGGGACUUGAGGAGGCAAACCAAAGAAUCCACGGAGCAGGCCGGCAUCCUGCGCUCUCAGAUGGACAUGAAGGAGAACAGGAUUAAAGAGCUGGAGGCUGAGCUCACCAUGGCAAAGCAGUCUCUGGCCACGCUGACAAAAGACGUACCGAAACGACACUCUGUGACCAUGACGACAGAGCCGAUGGUAAACGGCAGUCAGGAGUGGGUGAUGCAGGCUGACCUUCCUCUCACAGCCGCCAUCCGCCAGAGUCAGCAGACUCUUUACCACGGCCACGCCAACGACCGACAAGCUGUGGUCAGGAUCAGCCCCUGCCACUCUCGUCAGCCCUCUGUGAUCUCAGACGCCUCUGCAGCCGAUGGGGACCGAUCGUCCACACCCAGCGACAUCAACUCCCCCCGCCAUCGGACUCACUCCCUCUGCAAUUCUAUGGAGGACCUGGAGGAUCAGAAACGUAAGAAGAAGAAGGAGAAGAUGACUCUGGGAUCGCUAUCGCGGGUGUUCACUCGGGGCAAGCAGCGCAAGUCACUGGAUCCCGGCUUAUUUGAUGACUCUGACAGCACACAGCACAGCCUGUCUGACGGGGAGGAGCAGCUGGACCGCCUCCAGCAGGUGGAGCUCACCAGAAACACCUGCAUGUCGCUGUGGAGGGCGGGAGCAGUCCAAGCUUGGCUGGAGGUUGUCAUGGGAAUGCCCAUGUACGUGCGAGCCUGUUCGGAAAACGUCAAAAGUGGCAAGGUUCUGCUGGGCCUGACGGACGAGGAUUUAGAGCUCGGUCUGGGUAUCAGUAAUCCAAUUCAUCGCAGGAAAGUUAGACUGGCCAUUGAAGAUUACAGGAGGGCUGAAGGGGCACAGGGACUAUCAAAAGCCUCUGAGAUGGACCAUCAUUGGGUUUCCACGUCGUGGCUGAGUGACGUGGGUUUGCCGCAGUACUCCCAAACCUUCCACGCGCACUUAGUGGACGGACGAGUGCUGAACUCUCUGAGCCGCAGAGACCUGGAGCGGUUCUUCAACGUCAGCGACCAGUUCCACCAGACCAGUCUGCUGCUGGCAAUCCAGCUCCUGCAGAUGCUCAGCUUUGACAAAGAGGCCCUCCAGGCGCGGCGGACAAAAUGUGAGCACCAGAACCAGGACCCUGUUGUUUGGACGUGUCACCGAGUGAUGAAGUGGAUCAGGGACAUAGACCUCAAGGAGUUUGCAGACAAUCUUCCGGGUAAAGGCGUUCACGGAGCCGUGAUCGCUCUGGAUCCCUCCUUUGACACUGAGGCCAUGGCUAAAGCUCUGGGAAUCCCCGGAAACAAGCACAUGCUGCACAGACACCUUUAUGAAGAGAUGAAGUCACUGUCUGUCCCUCCCUGCGACACGGAGCAGGACGCUGAAGUCGUCUGCUCCUCUGUGCCUCAGGCCGUCAAUCGUUUUGCUGAUGAGAGGGUGUCACUGAGAAGAACAGGAAAGAGUUCACUGAGGUUGCGUGCAAACAGUCACUCUGUGGAGCGCAGCCUGGGCCUCCACGGUAACUGCGGCUCUCUGCCCAGAGAAGCCAGAGUUCAAGCCAUUUCCCGUGCCAAAGGCAGCCCGAUGCACACUUACAAGAGUGUUGAAAUCACCAACGUGUGACUCAGCCUCUGACAUCUUCGCCACUGUUUACACUGUGUUGGUACUUUAACUGUUUACAGUUGAGAAAGACGAGCACUCAAAACAUUAUAAAGGUGGAAAAGAGUAUAUAUAAAAACAUAGAAACACACAUGGGAGGAUUUUCCAUGAUUUAGUUAUUUUUACUUUGAGUUUGCAAGCAAAGUAUUCUAAAAUAUUUGUAUUUUAUGCAGCAUAGUACUGACAGGGAAGGUUAAUAUUGUAAAGAAAAUAAAUAAAUUCAGAGCCCCUUUAUUGCCUUAUAAAAAAUAGAAA